AACGAUAUAAUUGUCCUUGUCGACUCAAGAGCGCAGCGAGGAGUCCAUAAGUGGUCCGUUUACAACGUCCACCACAAGCCUCUCUCUCUCUCUCCCCUUUUAUCUCUUUGCUUCAGGGCUCUCCGACUCGUGGUCGAUGAAGCUUCGCAGUCUCAGUGGUUGGCCUAGUGAAUCAAAGAUGUUUUGUGGCUGAAGUGUAUAUAUUAGUGGGAUCUUCAAUUAUCAGCAAUGAAUUUUGGAUUUCUGAGUAUCCCCUUGUUUGGGACCAAUUCAAAUAAAGACAUGGAGACAAACUUUAUGUCGAUGACUGCACCUCUGGGAAAACCCAGACAACAGGUUCAUUUUGAUAUCAAAUUAUGGGCUUGGUCUCUGCUAUCAUUUGUUCAUUGGGUUAUUAAUGCUAGAGAUAAAGUUCAAGUGCCAUCUGUUGUUAACAAGAACUUGAAAAAGCAUGCACGAUAUUGCAUUGCUGACUCUAAUGUUGGUUAUUCAAAUAUACGCUUCAGACCAUAUGUAUCCAAGGUUCCAUGGCAUACAGGUCCAAGAGCAUUUCUUUGCCAGUUAUUCCCUCGUUAUGGGCAUUAUUGUGGACCCAAUUGGUCGAGUGGGAAAGAUAGAGGAUCUCUUCUUUGGGACAAACGUCCAAUUGAUUGGUUGGACUUUUGCUGCUAUUGUCAUGACAUUGGAUAUGACAGUCAUGACCAGGCUGAACUUCUUAAGGCGGACCUAGCAUUUCUUGAGUGCUUGGAGAGGCCUCACAUGAGUACAAAAGGGGAUGCUCGUGUUGCUCAUCUUUAUAGGACAAUGUGUAUUUCAGGUCUCAAGAGUGUACUUAUACCUUACAGAAAGCAUCUAUUGUAUCUACAGUCGGGGCAGUUAUCAAUUGGGUUUGGAUGGCUAAGCAACAUGAAAUGGAAAGGAUGGACUGUGCCAAAAACUUGAAAUGUUGGUCAUUGGUUAUUUAAGGGUACUCACUGUGCCAAGUCAACUGAAGCAAGGGCCAUUAGGAUUUAAUGUGUUUUUUGGCUUCCUCCAAACCGUAUGCCAUGUAAAUUUUUUUUUUUAACUCUUAGCAUCAAGUGUCUUUUUGUUGCCAUAUCAUCGUUAUUUGACAUAUAGGUAGUCAUUUAAGAUUGUUUUUGCACUACCUAAUUGUAUUUAUAGCCAUAUCUUGUCCGGGGUUCUGCUUUGAAGUUUAAGAAUGGUCUAUUACCCAGCCUAUUAGUAUUGGCCUAGUAUUAUUGUGCCUUACGAUAUAUUCUCGUGGACUGAUCAUGCCUAAAGGACUAACCCUUGUAGUGGUGAUUGUUAAUUCCAUUGUCAGCAUGUGUAGCUGAUCUAAGAUAAGCUUCUCUUAGAUCAUUCUUCCA